AUAAUCCUGCCGGAUGGAUGCCGGUACUGGGCGCCCGCUGAGGUGUAAAUAGGACGCAGGCGAUUGGACGCAGGUGCAGCCAACGCCAACGAGUCCCGCAAGCUGCUCAGGUGCCAAGAGGAUCCCGUUGGGGUGAUGGAAGAUCGGUGGCGCACGGCCUUCGCAGCAGGAGCUGAGAAGUUUUUAGCUGACCGGUGUAGUAUUAGAAAUGGUAACAGGCUAAAUUGCAGAGCAUGUUGAUGGACAGCUGACCAACAUCUCCAGAGGGAAGGUGACGGCGAGCAGCCUUUGGACUUCUGUAACGGUGCGCCAUGGCUUUUGUUAAAAAACCCAAACUGAUCGACUUCAAGAGCUCCCCCCCUCACCUGCAGUUUAAUGACUUUGUCCUGACCGGGUACCGUCCCGUCUCGACUGUGAAAGAAUGUCUCCACAGUCUCUUCUACCUGCACAAUGAGUUUGGGAACAUCUAUACGCAUGCCAUCCCAUUCCUGUGCUUCCUGUUGCUGCUGCCGCUGAACAUGCCGUGGUCCCAGAGUGAUGCAGGCUGGAUCUGCGUGCUGCACUACCUGGCCUGCCUCUCCCCCACCGUGGGCUCCGUGCUCUACCACCUCUUCAUGAACCACCAGGGCGGAGAGCCCAUCUACGACACCCUGCUCUCGCUCGACAUGUUCGGCGUGUGCCUCGUCAACACCCUCGGGGCUCUGCCCAUCAUCUACAUCACGCUGCUGUGCUACCCUGACGCGCGGCGGCUGGCGCUGCUAGCGUACGUGGCGCUGUCGCUCUUCGGCGUGCACUCGGCGGUGACGGCGCGCAGCAACAUGCGCCGCCUCCAGUCCUUCUUCUGGCAGGCGCUCUUCCGCAUCGUCCUGUACCUGCUGCGCUGGUACGGCCCGGGCACGGGCAGCCCCGACUCCAUGCGCUUCUACGCCACCAUGGACUCGCUGGCGGUGCUGGGCGGCCUGGUCAACGUGGUGCGCAUGCCCGAGCGCCUCAGCCCCGGCAGCUUCGACUACUGGCUCAACAGCCACCAGAUCAUGCACAUGCUGGUGGCGCUCUCCAUCGUCUACCUGCACUGGGGCAUGAUGGAGGACCUGGUGUGGCUGCGCACCUUCGAGUGCCCGCCCGAGUGAACCCGGGAAAACCUCCGGGAAAAAACCUCAGGGAACGCCAAUAAGG